CGUCUUUUAAUUGACAGUCAUACCUGACAAUGUCGUCAAAUAUAGUGAACUCUACAAUCUUCCACGUUGAUGGCUUGUGCUGUGGCGGAGAGGCCACACUAAUACGUGAAACACUAGAGCCCCUUGAGGGUGUUGUGAGCGUCAAAGUCUCCGUAGUAGAUAGACGGGCAAAGGUUGAGCACACAAGGGCAGUCGACGUAGAAACAAUCCUGAAACUGCUCAAUGACGAGUAUAUGGGUGCGCGCAUAGAACAGAACGGUGAUGUUGUAUCAGAUUCCGAAGGUCAGAGGUCCCAUUUAUGUGGUCUGAGUUAUGCCAGUUUCGCGAGAAUAUGUCUACCGAUCCUGCAAACGUCACUGUUCACGGUUGCCUGUAUUAUGUGCUGGUUAGGGUAUAUGCAUACUGCCUUUAUCUGUAGCAUCGUAUGUAUAGUCCUAUCUGGAUCCUUACUAUACAAGGCUGCUCUAUCUAUUUUGCGUCGAUUGCCCAACGCUGAGCUUUUGAUGGCCAUAGCGGUGGUCGGUAGUCUAUGUCUCGGAAACUGGCUAGAAGCCGCUUCAGUGGGUACUAUAGUAGCUGUACUGGACGCAAUUGUUUUAUAUACACAUGAGCGAGUCGAUAGAAGAUUAAACAACAGUAUUGUUGUGAAACCACCAACAGUGGACGUACCCGAGGGAGGUUCUCAAUUAGUCUCACAGUUGGUACCGGGCAGCGUGUAUGUAGCACGUGCUGGGGACGCACUACCGACCGACGGCGAAGUUAAGCAGGGAUCGGCAAAUGUGGAUGAAAGUAGUAUCACUGGUGAAGCUAUGCCUCAGCCCAAAGCUGUAGGAGAUACGGUACUGAGCGGUUCUGUGUUGACAAGUGGAUUCUUGCAGGUGGUAGCGACUAAGCCGGCGAACGAGUCCUUCGUCUCCAGAAUUGAAGAUGCGGUGUUGGAUGCGAAAAACACCCGAUCCCAAACCGACGAGCUGGUCUCACGUUUUGUCGUGUGGUAUAUGCCAACAGUGAUCCUCAUCGCCACGAUCGUUGCCUUGGUAACCAAGGAUCCUCACAAAUUCCUGGUAAUCCUGGUAGCCGGGUGCCCGUGCUCUCUUGUAGCGGCUGCGCCGUUUGUGCAGAGUGCGGCGCUGACUUUGUUGGCGAAGAAUGGCCUUCUGUUGAAGCAUUCGAGUGCGCUGGAAGACCUGGCUCGGCUCGGGCUGUUUGCCUUUGACAAGACGGGCACCCUCACCAUGGGCCAAUUCACCUUGGUAGACAUGCAGUUGGUCGAUGCGGCUACAACAGACGCCAAUGCCGCGGGUGCUGCGCCUGGUUUAGCCGGUGCGAAUGCGGAUGGCGCCGGUAUCACAUCCACCCAAAAAUGGGAGAAGGCGGAUGUGCACCGAUGGCUGGCGGCGGUGGAGGCCCGAGACUCGCACCCGUUGGCGCGUUCGCUGGUCAUGAGCUACACGGGCUGUCUGACGGCUUUCAUGGGUGUGGUGGACGGUGGCCUACCCGAGGUACAGAACUUCGAACGUCACGGCCGCGACGGAGUGAGUGGGUCGGUGUGCGAGCACGUGGUGGGGGUGGGCAAUGCAAAGUUUGUGGCCCAGCUUACGGGUACAGAGGUGCCUCCGGAGAUAGUGCUGCGUGGGGAAGGAGCCAAAGGCACCACGUGCUUGUACGUGACGGUGGAUGGGUCGUUAGCCGCCACGCUGCUACUGUCCGAUGAGGCAAGACCCGAUGCCCCGAGAGUUCUACGCACACUUCGAGACAUGGGUAUACGGCCGGUGAUGCUGACCGGCGACAAGCACAGCACAGCUGUAGAAGUGGCCAAGCACGUGGGAAUAGACGAAGUGGAUGUGUUUUCUGGGUUACUACCUGAGACGAAAGCAUCGCUGUUGUGUCGCCUGAGUGAGUUUUCGUCAGCCAAUCACGACGCGGCUUUGUACUCGCACGAGGAUAUGGCAGCCAAUGAAAACGCCCCAUUACUUCCGGUACGUAACAACUCGACAUUGGAUGGGAGUAUAUGUACACCAGAUGGCGCCAAGCACAAACCACACUCACGGUUAACAGUGGGCUUUGUGGGGGAUGGACUGAACGACUGUCCUGCGUUGGCGACGGCAAAUGUGGGUAUAGUAAUGCAGGAAGUGGGUGCGAGAGCAACCACGGACGCCGCCAUGGGGGUGAUACAAGACUCGUCUCUAGAUACGAUACCCUACGCUAUAAUCACAGCCAGACGCACACAGCGACUGGUAUUGAUGAACAUCAUACUGUCCUUGGCCAUCAAUCUGGUGGUGAUUGGCUGUGCGGCGUUCAUGCGCUUACCUCUGUGGGUUAGUGUGAUGGCGGAUAGUGUUGGAUUGCUGGCUGUGAUGCUCAAUGGGCUGUGGCCAUUGUGUUGGAACGAUGUCAGUAAAACCGUGGAGCGCAAGCAGCCUGGUAUGGUUUGAGAGAGUGUACAUGACCG